AUGCCUGCUUUUCGAUUUGAAUAUUCAUUUGAAUCAUGUUUCCCACAAAAUGCAGUUGCAGCUGCAAUGUAUACAAUUGGUUUUGCUGAAACAGUUCGUGAUCUUCUUAAAGAACAAAAUGUGAAAAUAUUAGGAACUAUUGUUGAUGGAGCAUCGGUUAAUAUUGUUCGAAUAAUUGGUGUUAUUACAAUAACAAUUAUAUUAGGUAUUGCUUUAAUUGGUAUGCGUGGUGAAAUGGUUGUACAAAUAACAUUACUUAUAACAUUAUCAGCAUCAUUAUUAGAUUUUUUUAUUGGUUCUGUAUUACCAGCAACAGAAUAUAAAAAGCGUCAUGGUUUUGAAGGAUAUUCAUGGAAGAUAAUCAAAGAAAAUUUUGGACCAAAAUUUCAAAAUGGUGAAACAUUCCAAAGUGUUUUUGGUAUUUUUUUUCCUUCAGUUACAGGAAUUCUUGCUGGUGCAAAUAUGUCAGGCAAUUUAAAAGUAAAUUAUUCAUAAUUAUAUAUA